UAAUUUACAAAUGUAGGCAGGUUGGCACCUUUGGUUGGCACGAACUUGGCAGUCAACUGUGAUUACCGUGAAACAUGUACCUAACCUAGUGUAUCCUUGUUAUUGUUGCGCUUAUAAGCACUUGGUCCUUUUACUUUGGCACUUGUAGCAAUGUCAAAUUAAUUUUCAAUUCCAGCCCCAAGUUGUAACCUUGAAACAUUGAUCUCUGUAACAGCAAGUGCAGCAUCCUUACUUUUAUUCGCUUAAUUUAUUUUCUGCCUUUGUCCUUCUGUGCACAACCUAGCAGGCAUUCCUUUUGCCAGUUUUUGCCAUUCUAUUCAUCAUUAGGCCACUACUUGCACACAUAUAGCAUAAGGUUAAAGAAAUACAAAUAAGUAGCUGACGGACGUUGGACAUCGACAUCAUCGAUCAUUACUGACCAGUGACCAGUGUGACCAGUGACCAUCGACGGCACCGAAAGCCCCUUGAUAGUUUUCAGACUCUGCAUCCUCGAGGAUUGUGCAUGUAUCGUCAUCAGGACGUGCAGACUCAGAUCGUCAUAUAUCUGACUGUUUGCGGUUUUAAGAUGUAUAAAAGUAUUUUAACGUAAGAAAAUGGAUCUCCAGACCACUAUAACUCUCUGCAAAGAAAAUAUUCAGCCUUUAAGGCAUGGAAGAAAUCCAGUGCAGCUUGGCACUGCUCUACGAGCUCAAGAAGAUGCAGAAACUCAGCAGUUGCUCCAGCAAAAAAGACAGGUGUAUGAGGAUGCCAUUAAAAAUUAUGUGGGGGACGAUCCAUUAGAAAAUUGGUACGAAUAUAUUUUAUGGGUAGAGCAGAGCUACCCCAAAGGAGGGCAUGGGUCUCUUUUGUCGAGACUUUUACAGCAGUGUUUAACAAAUUUUGAAAAAGAAACAAAGUAUCAUCAAGAUCGUAGGUUUAUCAGACUGUGGAUUAAUCAUAUAAGUGCUCUAAAAAACCCUUUAGAAUUGUAUCAAAUGCUUUAUCACAAUGGAAUUGGAACGAUGGUUGCGGAUUUAUAUCGUGCGUGGGCAUUUGAAUUGGAACUGUUGCAAGAUUAUAAAAAAGCGGAUGAAGUCUACAUGAUAGGUUUAAGAUGCCAAGCUGAACCGAAAGACGAAUUGGAUCACGCUCACAAAAAUUUUCAAUUGGCUGUAGCUCGAAAAACUUUGGGACGCAAUGACGACAGAAACGAGGUUUCUUUAGCCGAACAACGACAAGCUUUUAGCUCUUUAAAGGCUAUCAAAGCAGGGAAAAAAGUGGGUAGCGUAAGAACAGGGCAUCGCAUACACGGUUAUACACCAGGUGUGCUGCCACAAGCUGGUCCAAUGAAUCCAGCUCACAAGUCAAAUGCACCUAUACAAAUAUACCAGGAUGACAUGCCUGGUGAAAUGAAAGGCUCUAGUAUAUUAGAUCACGUUCCUAUUGAGGAGGUUAUUCACAAGGAAAAUAUGCUUAAGCCUGGACCUUGGAGUAAUCAUGCUCGAAAAGGUGUAUUGAUAUCGUCAGCUGUCAAACCAUCAUUUAAAGUCCAUGAAGAUACCGAGGAAAUCGUAAAUGAUAAAAUCAAAUUGUUUCCGAAUCAUAUUUCAUUUUACGAUGAUAGUAAAUACGAUUUUUCGGUACCUAUAUUUGUCCCAGAUGCACUUCAUCCAAAUAUCAUAUUAAAACCGCACUACCCCAAAGACUUAGUUUAUUCUAAUAAUGAGGAUAAAAGUAUGGAAGAAAUCAGAGCUCAAAGGUAUUUGGAGAGGCACAAAAAUUCAGCAUCUAGUGGACAAGCGACAGAUAUCAGUAACUUGAAUCAACAUUCCAUGUCUAAAGAUAAUGAAAUGGAACAGCAAAUGCCAAAUGAUAAUCAAAUGAGUCAAGAUUUCGACCAACGAGACGUGCAAGAGCAAAGUUGUGAGCAGCAACAGAGAGAGGCCAAGUUGGAGAGACAAAGGAUUGUGGAGCAGCAGCAGCUAAAAGAAGCUGAGAUGGAAAAGCAAAGGCUUUUGGAACUUCAACAAAGAAAAGCCGAGUUGGUAAGGCAAAGGCAAAUCGAGCAUCAGCAACAAGAAGCUGAAUUAGAACGCCAACGUCAGCAGCAGGAACAACAAGAACAACAAAGAUUGCAUGAAGCUGAAAUGAAGCGUCAGAUGAUGUUUGAACAACAACGACACCACCAGCAUCAACAUCAAAGUCUUCAAAAUUCCGGCUACCUCGGUCAACAUCACUCGUCGGCUACGGAUGAGCAGCAUCUACUUGGUCAAAGCAUGACUGUCAAUACGAAAGAAGCGAUCAGUGCCGUUCAAGAUUUAUGGCAGUCACCCGGCAACACCAGCCGUAUAAUGCCUAGCCCUGUUUUGCAUAGACUGCAAUCUGAGCCCAGAAACAAGCUCUCGUUUGACAUACAUAUGGACAGUUCGAUGACUCAAAAUGUGAUGGUAAACAACAAGAUGCAUCAGCAGCAGCAGAAUUAUGGAACCAUGACGGCUUUGAACGAUCAAGAGAAUCAUUAUCACAAUUCAUAUGAGCAUCGAGAUUCGUAUCAUUCUGGGAAUCACUCUGGUCUACAAAAUUCCUACCAUUACCCAAUACAACAGCCAGUCCAACAUCAUCAGCUAUUGCAGUCACCUCAUCAUCCCCACCACCAUCAUCAAGCCCUUAUACAGCACCAGCAGCCGCAUCAUCAUCAACAUCAAGUGUCGUCUCCGAAUAUGCCAGUGCUACAUCAGAUGUCGCAUCAUCAAGUAUCACCCCACGCCAUGCACCAACAAUCACCGGUUCACCAUCAUUAUCCCCAGCAGCACAUGCAGCUUUCUCAUCAGCAUAUUCCAUCCCAUCAACAGCAUAUGCCGCCGCAGCACAUGAAUGUCUCUCAACACAUAAACAUAUCGCAACACGUGAAUGUGUCUCAGCAUAUAAAUGCGUCGCAUACGUCUCAACACAUGAAUCACACGGCGAAUAUCAACACUUCGCAGCAUAUGAACACCUCGAGUCAUAUGAAUACAUCUCAACACCUUCAGCAUCACCCUCUUCCCCCUCACCAACAGCAUCAUUUUCAACAUCCUCAAUUACUUUCGCAGCAUUCUCAUAAUCAUCAGCACGUUUCUCCGCAUCAACAACCAUCACCUCAGCAUCACGCGUAUAAUAAUGUGCCAAAUAUUAUGAGUUAUCCAGUACAACCAUAUCCAGUUCCUCUGGUUCAAAUGGCUCACACUAGCCUCGAACAGCCAAAGCAGGUACACUAUUCACCAGGCUACGUUGAACCAUGCACCGACAAUAGCAGCGGCAAAUCGUCUUCCUACCGUAUGCCUCUCGAACUGCCGCACAUUAAAUCCCCAGGAAUGAACAGACGUGAUCUCAAGUAUCUCGAGAAUGCCGAGAACAAGGAGAACGCGAUAGAACUUGGAUAUAAUGCUGGUUUUGAGGACAGCGUUGUUAAGCAACAGCAGGUCCCGACGCACUUGCAUCAACAACACCACCAGCAGAAUGAGAACCUUGUAGAUGAAAGCCUGGGUAUUUCGCCUCUACAAGGUGUCAACGAAUCCUGUUACACGGAGACAUUCAACCGACCCCUUGUGGCUUCCACUCCUGUGACCAACCACUUUAAAUUAUACCCCAAGGCACCCAAAGAUAUGCCACUGCAUCACCCGCAUCAACAACAAUUCCAACAGCCGCAUUUACAGCAGCAGCAUCAUCACUACCAGCCUCAACAACAACAGUCUCCUCAGCAGCAACCUGUUGUUUCACAACCAUCAAUUCAACCUGUGCCUGCCGCCGCUCCUGCAUCGGAAGAAAAACUGAGUGUGAUAAUGGAAUCAACGAGAGAGUACGUGUCCAAUAGUUCAGCCAGUAGUGCCAAUACUCGAACUGGUUUCACGAUAACUCGUGAAGACUUACCAACGAUAAAAGAGCAGUCAACAAUUGACGAGGCAACGAAUCAUUACCAAACAAAUCCUGAAAUUAUGAGCUACGAGCAGAAUCAACAGCACGCGGCCUACGAGCAAAAGAUGCGAGCUCAAAUCCAGGCGGUACACGCGCAAAGUCCACGGACGGUACAGCGAAACGUCGAUCAAAUAACAAGUGACAUCAAGACGAACUGCGAUCUAAGAAAGUCCAUCAAAUUUAAUGGGACUUUAACAAGUCCCCCUGAAAAGCCUCCGUUACCUUCACUCGACGAUACAGAAGCGAAACAAGAGACGGAUGCAUCGAUGGACUGCGAGUACCACGAGCCGAUGGAUCAGGCCGAGGAAGAAGAGGAGCCAAAGCAGGAAGAACCGCCGUUUGAACUGCCUAAAGGUGAUAUCAAUCCUUUCGACAAGACUAUUAUUGCCGGGCUCCUGAGAAGCAUCAAGUUUCCUCAGUCUCACCACCAGGAUGGCUAUGUCAAGAUUUCAGGCAAUCUUGUCAAAUUUGUGCCUUCUAGUACUAUCAAUCUUGGAAAUGAUAUGUACGAUUUGGAUAAGUGCCUUGGAAAAGGAACAUACGGGACCGUAUAUAAAGGUACGGAUUUAAAAUGCCAAAAAGUUAUUGCACUAAAAACACAGAAGCCUGCUUGGGUUUGGGAGUACUACAUUACUAGGGAGAUAAAAAAUAGACUAACUAAUCCGCACAUGCUAAGGGGUUUCAUGGACGUUCAGACUGCCUAUAUAGCUGAUAAUGCAAGUGUAUUAGUAUCGGAAUUUUCCAAAUACGGCACGUUGCUUGAGGUGACAAACAAAAUAAAAAUCUCGACGGGUAAGCCUCUCGUUGAGCCGCUUGCUAUAUUUUUCACGAUUGAGAUGCUGCAAAUUGUCGAGUACCUGCACAAACAUCAAAUUAUUCACGCUGAUAUUAAGCCUGACAACUUUUUAUUGAUGCACAUGCCUUCCGAAGAUGUUAGACCGACGAUUCAGUUGAUAGACUUUGGUUGCAGUAUAGAUAUGAGUUUAUUUCCAAAGGAUACAAAAUUCACACAAAUUAUAAAAACAGAAGAUUUCACCUGUAUUGAAAUGCAGACUGGAAAACCUUGGACUUAUCAAACUGACUUGUAUUGUCUAGCUGCCUCUAGUCAUUGUCUUCUGUUUGGAAACUACAUGAGAGUUUCGAUGAGCGGAGACAAGUGGUACAUCAAUUCUAAACUGCCCAGAUAUGCCAAAAAAGCCGUUUGGGAACAGUACUUUACAGAGCUUUUAAACAUCGAAUCAUGCGAAAAACUGCCAGAUUUAGCAAAACUUAGAAAUAUAAUGGAAGAAGCCCUAGCACAGAUGCCUGAGCUGCAGUCCAAAUAUCGUCAGUUUUCCAAUGUUCUUAACCAUCGAUAACAGUAAUUAAUAUUACGGUAUUGGACUAAUCAUCGAACGCAGAGCGUCAUUUUUUACGACUCAUUGACUAUCGCUAUUUUGUUUUUCAAGAGACAAUCUACUGAUAUUUUAUUGGAAUAAUAUUUUUCGUUUUUA